AUGGAUCAGAAAGCAACCGAAUACAUCCAACUACCCCGGCCGGCCACACGCCAUCACGUUCAACGGCCUCACCAAUUCAGUCGUGCGAGGACUCAACUUCUUACGCAGCCAGAUGUGGAAGCAAACACGGACGGAGCUGACACGAUCCGCUCCUCGCACAUUACCUUCAAUAACUGGACUGUGUAUAACGGGGACGACAGCAUUUCCCUUAAAGGGAAUAGCACAGAUAUUACCAUCACCAACUCCCAUUUCUACAACGGCCUUGGUAUUGCGCUGGGCAGCAUCGGCCAGUACAAAGAUCAAUUCGAGACCAUUGAGCGGUUCACUGUGAAGAACAUCGACUACCAUAAUACCCUUCAUGCGGUCUAUUUCAAGACAUGGACAGAUGAUCAAAACGGAUAUCCCCCUAACGGCGGUGGCGGAGGUCUUGGAUAUGCUUCGGACAUGGUCUUCCAGAACCUCAGAGCCAGUGGCCUUCGCGGGUCUGCAAUCUCGAUUUCGCAGUGUACGCGAUUCAGCGGCGCCCCAGGAGAGGGUAACUGCACCAACUCGCAAUUCCAAAUUCGGGACAUCACGCUGGCCAACUUGACCGGCACAACCAAGGUCUCUAGUGUGGCCAGUUUCCAGUGUAGUGCUGUUGCUCCCUGCACCAACAUUGGGCUCUUUCAUACGGACCUGACGCUUUCGAAUGGAACGAUUGCCGGAGAGUACCUGUGUGGAAAUGUGGAGGAUCCCAGGGGCUUUGAAUGCACUGGCGCGCCCUGUGUUGGGGGGAGUGCUACGGGGGAGUGUUAG